UCAUGGGAGAACAAAUGAAAUUAGAAGGACAUUGCGUGGACACAAUGGUUGGGUCACACAAAUUGCGGCUGUCCAGUGUACAAAAAUUUGCUUAUUUUCUUCUUCUAGAGACAAAACAAUUAUUUUGUGGCAGUUGGAUGAGUCUGGACAUGUUUUAACAGGCAAGCCGUCAAAGU